AUGGCAGAAGCAAUAGAGCCGCUACUCUCCCCCACCCAAGAAGAGCAUAUACAGCCACAACCAAAAGCAGAUAACACCUCCUCAACCUUCAUCGCCGGCUCCCAAGACAUACCUCCGAUCGCCGGCGUCUGCCACUUCUUCAGAGAAUGCUUUGCCGAAUCCAAGAAGCUAUGGUACCUAGCUGGCCGCUGCAUGUUCACCUCCAUCUGCAACUACUCCCUCGGUGCCAUCACUCAAGUCUUCGCCGGCCACGUUGGGACUCUUGCCCUCGCAGCAGUCUCCGUUGAAAACUCAGUCAUCGCCGGUUUCUCCUUCGGUGUUAUGCUUGGUAUGGGAAGCGCGCUUGAAACCUUAUGCGGUCAAGCGUUUGGAGCAGGGCAGAUUGACAUGCUAGGGGUUUACAUGCAAAGAUCAUGGAUCAUCCUUAACUCAACAGCUUUGGUCCUUCUCUUUUUGUACAUAUUCGCGGAACAAAUUUUGAAGCUGAUAGGCCAGACUGAGGAAAUAUCAAAGGCAGCUGGGACUUUUGCAAUAUGGAUGAUACCACAGUUAUUCGCUUAUGCCAUGAAUUUCCCCAUCGCCAAGUUUCUGCAGUCACAGAGCAAGAUCAUGGUCAUGGCCGUGAUUGCAGCUGCGGCCUUGGUUUUGCACACGGUUUUCAGCUGGCUCUUGAUGUUAAGACUGGGGUGGGGGCUGGUAGGUGCAGCCGUGGUGUUAAAUGCGUCGUGGAUUUUCAUAGUUGCGGCUCAGUUCUCGUAUAUUAUUAGUGGGACAUGUGGGCGCGCAUGGACCGGAUUUUCAUGGAAGGCUUUUCAAAACUUGUGGGGAUUUGUUAGGUUGUCUCUGGCUUCAGCCGUCAUGCUCUGCCUGGAAGUAUGGUAUUUUAUGGCACUAAUACUCUUUGCCGGAUAUUUAAAGAAUGCAGAAGUUUCUGUAGAUGCCUUGUCCAUAUGCUGUAACAUUCUGGGUUGGACGACCAUGGUUGCUCUGGGGAUGAAUGUAGCUGUAAGUGUGAGAGUGUCAAAUGAACUGGGGGCACGACAUCCGAGGAAAGCAAAACUUGCAUUGGUAGUGGCUGUGAUAUCUUCGUUUAUGAUCGGUCUGGGCAUCGCGGCCAUUCUGAUUAUCUUUCGGGACAAAUACCCAGACUUAUUUUCAACGAAUACACAAGUCAAACAAGUUGUCAAAGACCUAACGCCAUUGUUGGCCUUUUGCAUUACGCUUAACAAUGUUCAACCCGUUCUCUCAGGGGUGGCCGUCGGAGCUGGAUGGCAAGCUUUCGUUGCUUAUGUAAACAUUGGGUGUUACUAUAUCUUUGGGGUUCCUCUGGGUCUCAUAUUGGGUUUCAAAUUCGACAUGGGUGUUAAGGGAAUUUGGUGUGGAAUGAUAUCAGGCACAGCUGUGCAGACUUGUGUCCUUUUUGGGAUGAUUUAUAAAACCAAUUGGAACAAAGAGGCUUCCAUUGCUGAAGACAGGAUAAAGAAGUGGGGAGGACACACAGAAUUCAGCGAGGGCAAUGUAGAACAAUGAAGAGAGAUGUUGCACUGCCAUUUCACCAACAAAUUUUAGUACCCAUCGUGAGAUGUGACGGGAUUCUCCAAAAUUUCUCUUUGGAACAAUAACAGAACAAUAACAGAACAAUGAAAAGAGACCUUGUACGGUCAUUUCACCAUCAGUUUUAGUAUCCAUCUGUGGUGGGAUUCUCUCUCUCUCUCUUAAAGUUCAAGAUAACAAGCAGGGAAAAACAUAUGGCUGUGUAAAAAUCUAGAAAUAAAAUGAUUUAUAAGUAAUAUAAACGAACAUCAAAUUUCUCAUUCUCAAUAUGUGACCACGAAACCACUCAUUUUAGGCCAUUAACUGCCUUUCAGACAACGUUAGAAGACUACACAAGGCCAUAACCAUUACCGUAUUAUACAACAAAUACUCAGUUUAUAACAGAAGAAAGGCUGAGAAUUCUCUUAUAGGCAAGUAGCAUAAGUCAAUUAAUCUAUUGAUCUCCCCAAACAAAUCCUAAGCAAGCCUGAUAAAAGUAUCGCAGGCAUCUUCGAUGCAAUGUGCUGCAAGAGGCAGGGCAACCUAAGCCUGUUUAAAUCUGGCCAUUGCAGACAAUCUUAAUUGAAGAAUCAUGUUAAUAAUAAACCUAAUAAAGAAAACUAAUUAUCUGUGAUAUGCAGAAUGGGGCACAAA